GAAGUGUAGAAAACGGGCUGGUCCUCGGAGUGAUGUCACCUCCCUCCUGUAUGGGCAUGCAAGCACUAGCAGCGUGCGUCGAGACGCUUGGCACCUCAACGCGGAGGCAGCAUUACGCACGGAUCUUGAACUACGUGUGACAAGCUUUGUCUCGGAUUUACGAUGCAUUCGGAACUAUUUCGUUGCAUCGGGACUUUUGGGGGGAGUUGUAGUGGUGGCUUUGCGUUACACUCCUGCAGUAGUGAUUUUUUCCUAGGUUACGAUGGAUUUGGAGAGCAUUACGCGCGCUUCGACUCCACGUCUCGGCCGUUUGGGACGAGAAGCGGAAAGCUCACGCACAAACAUGACGCACCGGGGCAAAUUUGAGCCGCGAUGGAUGAGCUGAACGUGCUCGAAAAUGUCUCCAAGGAUGUUAACAGCACGGACGAGCCGCUCGAGUGGCCCCACGCAGUGCCGGCCGCCGCGCUCAUCAUCUUGGUAGUCGCCGUGAUCAUCUCCGUGACGAUCGUGGGAAAUGUUUUGGUGAUCGUGGCGGUGCUGACGAGCAGGGCUCUCCGCGCCCCUCAAAACCUCUUCCUGGUCUCUUUGGCCUCAGCGGACAUCCUGGUGGCCACCCUGGUCAUCCCCUUCUCGCUGGUAAACGAGGUGAUGGGCUACUGGUACUUUGGAAGCACUUGGUGCGCAUUUUACCUGGCGCUGGACGUGCUAUUCUGCACCUCCUCCAUCGUGCACCUGUGCGCCAUUAGUUUGGAUCGCUACUGGUCCGUCACCAAGGCGGUGAGCUACAACUUGAAGAGGACCCCGAAGCGCAUUAAAUCGAUGAUUGGCAUGGUGUGGUUGAUCUCGGCGGUCAUCUCCUUUCCUCCUCUCCUCAUGACCAAGCAUGACGAGCGGGAGUGUCUCAUCAACGACGAGACGUGGUACAUCCUCUCCUCCUGCGUGGUGUCCUUUUUUGCGCCGGGUCUCAUCAUGAUUUUGGUCUACUGCAAGAUCUACAAGGUGGCCAAGCAACGCUCCUCCACAGUGUUCGUGGCCAAAAACGGACUGGAGAGGCAGCCCUCACAAUCAGAAACCUGCUUCGUCCGUAACGACCGCUUCGAGAUGGAGAGUCCCAGCAGCCAAAGUUCGGGCAGCCAUCCGCAGAGACAAGGCGAGCUCGACGACAUCGACCUGGAGGAGAGCUGCUCUCCGUCUGAUACCAAACUCCGCAGUCACCACUUCACCAGAAGAGGGAAAGUGGAGGUUUCGGACAGCUGCUCGUCACAGAACUGCCGUAUUUCCUGGGCUUCGUCGCGCGCGUCACAGCUCUAUUCGGAGCAAAAACACGUCGCGGUCGGGCGCCAACACGCUGCCGCUGUCAACAAGACCAAAGUGGCCCAGAUGCGGGAGAAGCGCUUCACGUUCGUCCUGGCCGUGGUAAUGGGGGUGUUUGUACUCUGCUGGUUCCCCUUCUUUUUCACUUACAGCCUGCACGCUAUCUGCAGGGACAGCUGCUAUAUCCCUGACACACUUUUCAACCUUUUCUUUUGGAUUGGCUACUGCAACAGCUCAGUCAACCCCAUCAUUUACACAAUUUUCAACAGGGAUUUUAGGAAAGCCUUCAAAAAAAUCAUUUGGCCGUCUCCUAAGCGCACAUAAACACAGGAAGGGGGUGGCAAAGCUGCUUUCCCAGGUCUCUUUUGCAAGCGCGAGGAAGGAAUGUAGGCAGAUUAAAAGGACUCAGCCUGGAGCUGAUUAUUUCCCCUCUCCACAAUUCUAAAGUGACUUCUGGAAAAAUGAGUGUUGUAAAAAUAUCACAAUUUUUAUGAAGAUGUAAAACGCUGAGCAAUACCAGGAGAAAAAAAUAUACAAGAAUAACUAUCUGGAAUGUGCGUAGUCCAUCCAUCAGUAUAAGAAAUGUAGCUCAGAGAUGCUUCUCUUGGUGACUAUCUGCAAACAUUUAACAAAAAUCAGAAGAUUCAAGUUUUUGCAGCACCAACAAAAACAAAAAAAGGAAGGGAAGAGUUCAGUGAAUGGAGCUGCUUUGAGAGGAAGCAUGCAAAUUAAACCCAGUAAAAAGCACAGCAUCCUUGGGGCCCUUCGGUGAUGCUACACAAAUCAGAAAAUCAAACAAACAAAACUAUGAUGAUGAUGAUCAUGAUGAUUAUUAUUAUUACAAUGAUUAAUAUUAUUAUUAAUGUAUUCAUUUAUUUUGACAAAUAUUUUUAAGAUCGAAUUUGAAACACGACAUGCAGGAUUCCACUUGCAAAGUGCAUGGUGAUAUUAUUUUAGAAACUACAAAAGCCGUGUUCAUAUUUAUGGAAUUGGAAAGAUAAUAAUGCUGACUUACAUGUGUGUUAUGGCUUGUACAGUAGUGCCUUGAAAUACAAGUUCAGUUUGUGACAUGACCAUGCUCAUAACUCAAAACACCUGUAUCUAAAAUCCUCUUUCCUCACUGACAUGAAUAGAAAUGCUGUCAAUUAAUUUAUUAAGCCUGCCCCCAAUUUACAACAAGUAUUUGGAAUGUGUGUUUUUGUUAAAGCCUUCUAUAGUAUUGUACUUUAUAAAAACAUAGCUUAGUAACAUAAAUAAAUAGAAUGUCAAAGUA